CUGUGUCCCAUGUCGGCCACCGUAGACGGCUGGUUUGUUUAGCCGGAAGUGCAGGUUCAGGAGAAUAGCUAAGAAGCUUGCUAGGUAGUUAGCACGGGUUUUACUCUAAAAUGGCCGCGUAUUCUAACGUAAAAUCAACCAAACUCGUGUUGAAAGGUAUGAAAGAUAAAAGCAAAAAGAAGAAGCACAAAGACAAGAAAAGAAAACGCGAUGAUGAUGAGGAGAAACCCGAUGUCGUCGGCGGCUGGUGGUCUGUCCGUAAUUUCGGUGAAAUCAGCGGCACGGUGGCCAUCGAGAUCCACAGCAGGUCGUACGUCCACGCGUUAGACACGGGUCUGUUCACCGCCGGAGCUCCGCAUACAGGAGAUGAUGAAGGUCCUGAUCCACCGGAACAGUUCACCGCCAUCAAACUCUCAGACUCCAGAAUAGCCCUGAAGUCUGGUUAUGGUAAAUAUCUGGGGAUAAACUCGGACGGUGUCGUGAUCGGACGCUCGGACGCUAUCGGCGCGAGAGAGCAGUGGGAGCCGGUGUUCCAGGACGGUAAAAUGGCUCUGCUGGCAGCAAACAGCUGUUUUAUUUCGUACAGUGAGAAUGGAGACAUCGUGGCCAAAAACAAAACGGCUGGCGAUGAAGAGAUGAUCAAGAUCCGCUCGUGUGCCGAGAGGGAGGUGAAGAGGAACGACGACAUCGCAGACGAGGACCGAGGAAACGUCAAGAGCUGCGAGAUCAACUAUGUGAAGAAGUUCCAGAGCUUCCAGGACAGGAAGUUGAGGGUGAACGAGGAGGACAGCGGCACGCUGAAGAAAGCCAGGACUGAAGGCAAAUUCCACGAGGCUUUACUCGACAGGAGAUCCAAGAUGAAAGCUGAUCGAUACUGCAAGUGACGCAGGAGGAACGUUUCCGUCAUUCUUUUUUUAUUUUACUUUUAUAAUGUUUACAUUUUUUUGCUUUAAAUUUGGCCAGUGUGAUGUUAUUGUGUUGUAUAUUAAACAAUUUAACUGACCAGA